AUGGCGUCUGAGGUAAUCAACUUGGAUAUGGCUUUGACAUUAAACGAUGUUAUCGGUUCUAUAGUAAUACUUAUGGUGAUUGCAACAAUUGAAGCAGCAGUGACAUUUGUUACAAGUUUCAAAUGUACAAAGCUUUACAUGAGUUGUGCUCCAGAUUCAGGCAUCACAGAUUUUGUCAAGAAAACAAUAUUCAUGGUUUUUAUGUUGUGCAACUGCCUUUCAAUGCUCACUUCUGUUUUAGCAGUAAUAAUUCUCUUUUGGGCAAAACUUUUGAGUAAUAGUUUACUGAAAGCUGUCCUCUGCCUGCAAGCCCUGUAUCUUGUAAAACUUUCUUCUGAGUAUAUGUUGAUUGCAUUUAGCCUCGGAGUUUAUGUAAUGGUGAUGGCAACAAUUGAAGCAGCAGUGACAAUUAUUAUGGGUUUCACAUGUACAGAAGUUUACAUGAGCUCUGUUACAGAUUCAGGCAUUGUCAAGAAAACAAUAUUCAUGGUGUUUCUGUUGUGCAAAUGGGUUCCAAUGCUCGCUUCUGUUGUAGCAGUAAUGGCUCUCUUUUGGGCAAAACUUCUGAAUGAUAUUACAGAGAAAGCUUCCCUCUUCGGAUAUGCCAUGAAGCUUGUGAAAGUUGCUUUUGUGUCUAUGUUGGUUGCAUUUAUCGUCGGCCUUGUGGUCAUGAUCCUUCUCCCAUGUCAUGUUCACAUAAGCCUGAUUUGA